AUGAAUAGGGAAGGCGCGGCGGCCGUGAUUCCAGGCUUAACUCCACACACAGCAACUGCGGCGCCCGCCACCACCCAAUCCGCUGGCCAUGCCUCCCGUCCCAGCCGCUUCGUCUCGCGCUUGACUGAUCCGAAAGGGGCGGGGAAACUGAGGCCCAAAGCCGUGUGCGCCAAACGCGCGCGCCAAGCUCGCCAAGCCCCUGCGUGCGCGCCUGGCAGGAACGUGGCGAGCGGAAACCGCAGUCCCCGGCUUGCCUCGAGAGGCAGGAAGCAAAGCCUAGCGCGGCGCAGGUACCUCGGGGCCUUGAGCGAAGCCAAAGCCGGUCAAGCAAGCAAAGUAAGAAAGAAAAAACGCGGUUUCGGGCUCCUGUGUGGAACUGAGGCGUUCAUCGAAUCAUCCGCUGGGGUCUCUCCUAGGACAGGGUGGCUGCGGUUGGGGGAGGGGUUGGGGAUGGGGGGCGAGCGGCAGAGACGCGAGGGCAUGGAAUCGAAUCGAGUCUGCGAAUCUGCGUCUGUGGCUCCGAUCCUGGCGGUUGGCGGCAGAUGGGUGUCGACCCCGCUCCAAGCCGUGAGAUGUGAGCAGCUACCUGGAUAA